GGCCGGCCCCGCCAUGGCGCAGCACCUGAGGUUCCUCGCCAGGACCGUCAUGGUGCAGGAGGGCAACGUGGAGGGCGCCUACAGGACCCUCAACAGGAUCCUCACCAUGGACGGGCUCACUGAAAGCAUCAAGCGGCGGCGCUACUAUGAGAAGCCAUGCCGCCGGCGACAGCGGGAGAGCUAUGAAACCUGCCGGCGAAUCUACAACAUGGAGAUGGCCCGCAAGAUCAACUUCUUGAUGCGAAAGCAUCGGGCAGACCCGUGGCAAGGCUGCUGAGGGUCCAAGCUGGAAGCCCUUCUCCAGAAGUGUCUCCUCUGUUUUCUGUUUCUGCUGACCUCUCACAAUAAGCUCAGGUUCCUGUAACCAGGCCAGUGUGUAGAACACCCCCAAUUGGCAAGAGAUAUCACUGAGUCAGUAAAAGAACAACCCAAAAGAUCUUUUAGGAAUAGAAUGGGGGUUGCUAGGGCCUGACUGGGAGGACCGGAUUUGCUAUUGAGGAACAAACUAAACUGCUCUGGAAGACGAAAACCUGUGGAAGACAGCAGAGAGGAUCACGCUGCAGUGCCAUUGUGCUCAGUGCCACUGAGUUGCAUGCACAAAUGGUCCAAUAACAAAUUUGAUGUAGAACUGACAGGAGAGGUCAUUUCUGUACACGGUGGAAUAGAGUUAUGAUUUCCUC